CAAUUGAAAUGGAAGUGCGGAUUCAAACUCUUCGUCAGAAUGGUGCGGAAACUAAAACAUCACGAAAGGAAGUUAUUAAAGAAAUUUGACUUUAUCAAUUGGGAGUGUGACAAUAAUUUGCAUGAAGUUAAAAUCAUUAGACGGUUUUAUAUUCAAAAGCGGGAGGAUUACACGUUGUACAACAGACUUUCUCGAAAAAUAAGGGACAUUGCAGAGAAACUUAAAGAUAUGGAUGAAAGUGAUCCAUGGAGGGCGGAAAUGACUGAAUUGUUGACAGCUAAGUUGCACAACUUAGGUUUAAUACCAACAAGAAGAAGUCUUAUGCUAGCCUCAAAGGUCAAUGCCUCUUCAUUUUGUCGAAGGAGGCUUUCCGUAAUUCUAAUGCGUUCAAAAAUGGCAGAAACUAUGAAAGCUGCUGUGACGUUUGUUGAACAGGGACACGUUCGUGUUGGGCCGGAUAUAAUACGAGAUCCUGCAUAUCUGGUUACAAGAUCCAUGGAAGAUUACAUAACGUGGGCAUCUCGAUCGAAAAUUCGAAAACAGAUUGGGGAAUAUAAUGGACUGAGAGAUGAUUAUGAUGACGUUUAACUGUGAAUAAACAUUUCUGUACAAAUAUCACAUGCCUUUCAGAAAAUAUUUCUUCCCUACUCCUAACUCAUAAUAAAUUUGGAUUUAUUUACGAAAAAUGCCCAUCAUGGCACAAAAAAAACGAAGUGAACUUCAUUGAUGUAAGUGGUUCAGCAAAGAUGCUCUUCUAAACGAUUUCAUUGUUAAAUUUGUGUAGUCCAACUACAAACAAUUUUCUUGAGUAAAAAUGUCCAAUAUUUUACGAUAA